AUGCGAGGCGUGAGUGCUGCAGCGGUUGCGUGCGGAGCGAGGAGCGCGGUGCGCGCAGUGGUGCGCGCAGUGGUGCGCGCAGUGGUGCGCGCAGUGAUGCGCGCAGUGAUGCGCGCAGUGAUGCGCGCAGUGAACAGGCGUGGACAGGGGCAGGCGAAGCUGGCUGUUGCGGGAGGAGGGGGUGAGGGGCGUGGAGAGUUGGUCGUAGGUGUG